AUGGGAGAACAACAAGAGACAAGGGACAGUGUCACAUAUGGUUCAUACUAUUUGCAAAUUGCUUUUAAUCCUAUCAUGGGCUUAGAUGAGGAUAUUGAAGCAUUUACUGAAGAAUUCGCCGAUUUAGGCAGUCCUCGUUUUGUGGAUUUCGCGGAGCUCUGGAAGAAGUACAAACUGAUCCAUUUAAUUCAGGGGAGGCAGUGUCAACACGGUUUAUAUGACAUAGUUGGCUGCAUUUUUCACCGGUUGGUUAGUCUGUUUCAGCCAACCUUAUCUAAAAACAAGUUAGUUCGUAUAUGCGCACUCUACCUUCUCUAUGCUUUCCACGGGAAGCAACCUAUUCGCAAUCAUGUUCAUAUACGUGUUUGUCCUAAAAGUUGGUCUUGGAUCUUACAGGUUGCUACGGAGGCUCGUGACGAAGGACACUUAGAUGUCUAUUACGUUUUUCGGAAACUAUGUGCUGCAAAUGCAUUUUUAUUUUGUGCAAUGCGGCAAGUGUUAUAUCCCGGGGCCCCCCUUUUUGACAGUCCUGCUGUGAAUCGGGAUGAUUUUACAGAAGGCCGUACCGCCUCGCCAGCUGAAGAUCUAUCCGAUGUUUCAAAAGCUACUUUCAGUCAUCGACGUGACCUUCUCACUUGUUCUCUACCUGUUGUCAAAGCUCUUCAGGCUCCUUCAGGAUUAAACCAAACGGUACAGUGUUUAAAUAUGAGUUUGUCGCGUUAUGCUGAGGCCAAACGUUUACUUACACAAAAACUCAGGAUAAAUGAUGGAAAUAUUGCUUUGGAUUCUUCGAAAACACAAGGCACUGAUGGAAUGGAAGAUCCAGAGGAAGAAUACUUGCCAGGCCUAAAUCUUGUAACUUUCCCCGAUUCCCUAAAUCGUAUUGAGAUACUUUCAAUGGAAUUGGAAAACUCAACCAAACAAAAUUGCCUUAAAAAUCGUUUUACUCCCAGCACAAAGUCCAGUAUGCAUAGUCCUUCGGUUAAAGCGUCUCCUUCAGUGGAUGUAAAAGUUCCAGAUAUCGAAAAUCUCCUUGAAACACCACGUAUUGGCGUAGUAGUUGGUGCUGGAAUAGUUGGGUGUAAAAUGAAAAGUCGUAAAAGUGCUGAGAACAGUCCAGUUUCUCAACCUUCUGACAUUCAACAAAUUAGUAAACAUUCUUCGCCCUCAAAAACCACCACUUCAAAUUCGUCAAAAAAUUCUGAGGAAACAACAACCGAUGUAAAAGAAGCCGUUAGUUGGGGUGAAAGAAUUCGACUCUUAAAAAGGCCCUCAACGUGGGCUAAAGAAUUAGCGGAACAAGCCGAAAGUGUGUACAAAGAUGGUUGCCGCCGAAGUAGGCGACGUCCGACAGAACCCAAGGUUAUUACUACAUCUACAAGAUCUAUAAUAUUUUGUUGGAUUUGA